AUCACCGGAGCUUUCGCGAUCUCUUAUGCCGACGAUUGUCGCUUCCCAUAAGUAGUCCAAGGAUCCGAAGAUCAUGCAUCGAUGGACCCAUCGAUCUUUGGGCGAAGUAGCGGUGGCGCGCCAACUUGCCAUGGUGGGGCAAAGCUACAAAGAAGAUCAUCAUCUUUGAUGACAUCACCCAUCCGCAAACCGGCUUCUCGAGGUCCUACGGAGGACCACUCUUACCGAAGUUGACCUGACUCCGCCACCACCAGCAAUCGGCUGACAUGACCUUCGCAUCAUAGCGGCGACUCAGGCGACAAGGAGGGAGCGUUAACCGAUUUUCCAACGCAGUCCAGCUUAUUCCGCUCUUUCUCCUUCUCAUUUCCGGAGCAGAUCGAGCAAAUACAGAGAACAGAAUUUCUUGUGCAGACUGCAUGCAGCAUGCCGUAUGAAGGGGGAACCCUCAUCAACCUGCAUGACAGUCAAUCAUAAUCCAUCAGGUGCGAAAUCGGCCAGCUCCGUGGGCAGCCAUGUAGAUGGAACCAGCCGCGCGCAUUUGCGACGAACCUACAGUGAAUGCCCGACCAACACGACCGUUGAAGUGCUUCAACAGUGCACCGCUCGUCACUGAUUUGUCAAGCUUCAGUGCUAUAGUUACUGAACUCUCAGACAGGACCCUCGGAUGGAGCGCGCAAAGCUCCCGGGUCAGUGGACGUAUUGAUCACCUCCGACGCAACUUUUGAGGCAAGGAGUACACUCAUUGAGAUUCAAGCUUCGACGACCACGAGCAAUAUCACCAAUGUCCAGUUUCAGUUUCCUGUUAUCUCUCUUCGUACGAAAGGGGGGAGGGAGCGCGCCUCGGUGACCUUCGUGAGGACAUGCGACGACGGUCUCCGAUGCGGCCUUUACGCUUAACACGCAAGCGCACCGGUGCAGACGUCGAUAGGGGGAAAGCUAGAUUUCAUGGAGAAGGCCACAGAGUCGGUCGAGCAAUUUGCGGUCUGUAUUGCGCGCCUACCUGGUGGAGUGGGGCUUAUUCGUGGUCCGGGCUUGCUAGGAUGAACAAUC